GCGCAGGUAGACAACGGCCCAAUGCACCCGGGGCGGGAGCGCCGCGAGGAGGGUCUGCAGGUCCUGCUCCGGGGAGGACGCCUGCCGGCAGUGUUUCGCGGGAAGAGAGAGCGGGCGCAGCGCGCGCUGCUUCGGGCGGCGGACAAAAAACGCGAUGGACCAGCUCAACGCGCAGCUGUACAAGAAGAUGACCAGGCCGCAGACACCGCUCCACGCGGACGCGCGUCGCGGGCGGGGCGGGGCGGCGCUGGCAGGAGGGUGCGGCAUGGUGAUACACAAAGAGUGGAUGGCGCACUGCAGGGUGUGUUCGGGCCCAUAUGGACGACGCUACGCGGUGCGGUUCGAGGCCGCCAGACUCGACUAAAAUACCUCGGGCUAGAUGCCAGGAUCUGGAACUUUCUAAUCGCCAUAGCAAGCGGGCAGCGCCCCAGCGCCUGUCGCGCAGGAAUGUUCGGGAUGACGCCCCCUGCGGCAGACUGGAUGACCGCUGCGGGAGAGAGAGGGCGUUGAGUUUUGAGCCUGCGGGGCGAAACAGACGUAGCGGCUGCGAAGAGACCUCCAGUCUGAUCGGGUUCCGCUCGCCAGCCGCCCUGGCCCCUCGGUCAUUCCAUCGCAGGGCUUCAACGCGCUCCUUGACCGCCGUAGGCCGUUUCGUCAGAAGGAAGUAAGAUAAGUAAUCACUCAAACGUCUUGUCAACGGUGUAUCCUUCGCUACCUUUCGCGCCGGUCUGACACUUUUUCGGAAGCCCGACGAAGUGUCUAC